AUGAAAUUUAAAACGAAACACCAAUGCAAUGAUAAAAUCUCUAAUGAUUCUCAAUGUAAAACAUUUGUCAUGGGAUUAAAUGCUGACAAUAAGGAAAAUCGACAGAAGAAAUCACAUUCAAGAAGUCUCACGAGACACCUUUCCGCAAUCAUACAAUCAUCUGUUUGUGAGAAGUCAUCAUUGAUGUUUGAGAGCUUAAAAGUAAGCAUCGUACAAGCAUUUACAUUACUUUAA